AUGUUCCACUCAACGAAACCAUAUUCGGCCGUUACGGUACAAAUAGAGGUUCUUACCAGCGAGCAAUAUGAGGUAGAAGACUCGAGUGGUAUUGUCGAUCUUAUUGAGGCCAUCCGUAUACAAGCCAGCGGUCCUACAGAGGCCUCCCGCGCCCUCCGCAAGAAGCUGAAAUACGGCAACAUUCACCGUCAAUUACGAGCCCUUACGAUCCUUGACUUCUUAAUCCAAAAUGCCGGUGAUCGCUUCCACCGGGAAUUCGCGGACGAGCCAUUGCUGGAACGAUUGCGAAUCGCAGCCACGGAUUCAAUUUCCGACCCAUUGGUUAAAGAGAAAUGCAAGCAGCUGUUUGGACAAUGGGCAGUCUCAUAUAAGGGUACUCCCGGAAUGGAACGGAUUGCUGGAUUAUACAGGCAGCUCCCGAAACGAAAGCAACCAGCGAACCAAGCGAAGGCCAAGGUUCUGCGCGAUUUGGACAAGUCCUCUGAGCCUCAAAUAGGACACUCGGUGUCAGUUUCUUCCGGCAACGGACCUGCAACCGUACUCAGCAGCCCAAAACACAAGCAUUCAGCCAGCAAAGCACUGAAGAAAGAGAAAAAGGAAAAGAAGCUACACAGCCGUUCGUUCAACUUCGAAAAAGAGAAGCCGGAAAUGCUUCAAACUUUAGCUUCCUCCUCAGUUGCUAGUACAAAUCUUCUUAACGCUCUCAAACGCGUGAAUCGAGAAACGCACAGGGUAAGCGAGGAUGCAGAGGUACUGAACAGAUUCGAGACUUGCAAGCAAUUGCGGCGCCAAAUUCUGCGAUACAUUCAACAUGUUGAGAGUGAGGAAUACCUGGGCAGUCUGAUUCAUUCGAACGAGGAGUUGGUUUCAGCCUUGAUGGCCUUCGAGGUUCUGGACAAGAGCUUGGACUACGACAGUGAUAGCGACCAAGAUGUUCUCGAGAGCGGCUGGACUCCUGAUCACGAAGUCAAUGAGUCCUUUGCUGGGCUGGCUAUCAACCCUCCCAAGCCGCCUCGCCCUAAUCGACCAUUGAGCGUCGCGGUGCCUUCACCAUCGACACACGGACCAAGAUAUUCCAGCGAGAGUGAAUCAGACUUUGAGCCUGAUGACGACGACGAGGACAAUCCGUUUGGGGAUAGGAAUGCAAUUUUGACGCCUGCGGUGGACACCUUUGGUCGAACUGUGAAGGAAGUCUAG